AUGUCGUCCACACCAGAGUUCGAUCCAUAUGCUGUUUUAGGCGUCCAGAAAGAUGCGACCCUAGCAGAUCUCAAAACCGCCCGCCGGGAACUUGCCUUCAAGCAUCAUCCAGAUAAGGUUGGGAAUAACUCAUCAGAGAUGUUCCAGAAAGUCCAGAAGGCCUUCGAGAUCCUCUCGGAUCCCACGGAGAGGCAAAAGUAUGACCAGAAGGUUCGCAUCAAUGAGCUCCGACGGGAAAUGGCGGCGCGUAACGCAACCGCGGGCGGUUCGGCGUCCUACGCCCAACGGGGAAGCACGGUCCGCGAGUAUCGGGAUGGACGCAUCUAUGAAGAGAGAACGCCGGCCGAGGUGUACGAUGAUGUCCGGUUUACAAGGGAAUCGCGGUCGACGCCCCGCAAAAACGAUGAGUUUGGGAUGCGACAACGGACGAGAGCAUCGGAGGAAAAGAAGAAGACUAAGAGCGUUCCUGUCAGCUCUCCCCGUCCAUCGAAAGAUACGGCACGCAGCAGCGCCAAAACGACCCACACGGACCGGGCCAAGUACCGUACCAAGGAACGGCGGCGGGAAGCUUACGAGAAGAUGUAUGCAUCCUACGCCGGGUCCGAAGAUGAUGCCUCUGACUCGAGCGCAUCAUCAAUCUGGGUACGUGUAAAGCGUCCAUCGGCCCGGAGUCGGGAAUCAUCAUCUCGGAAGACCAAGCCAGUGGAGUCUUCGCACCGCUCCGAGCGACGGUACGAGGAGGAUUACUCUGACGAAUGGGAUAAACACGAGAAGCAAUAUUCCACAGCCGAAAACUACAUUCGCCGCUCCAAAGGGACGCUCCCUGUGGAGCGUGAAUCUAGACAACGUUCUUCUCGCUCCCCCAAUCAACGUCGGGGCUAUGAAUCGGCGGAUCCAGAGUCUUCCUCCUCCCGGCGCGCCGGUAGGUCAAAACGCUCCAAGGAGAGCGUGCGACCUGACAACUCCCGCCACGGCUCAUAUGAGGAGCUCGAGUCUUACGAUCAUCCAUCCCGCAGUUAUGAAGCCAAGGUCCCGCCCAUGCCCACCGCCGCCACUGCUUCAGGGAUGAAAGGCCCUUCGUCUGUCCGGCCUUCCCUCCAGCCCUCACGGUCCGCGACAGCUUCUUAUUCCCGACCUAAACGGGAAGCUAGUAGUCGCUCGGAUCCGGUACUCUUAGGCAUGGUGUAUUCUGACCCACCAUCGCGCACUGCGAAGGUGAGAGGCGUGGAUAAGACGGAUUCAGGGUACUCAAGUCCGGGUACUCCGGAAAUGGCGGUCGGGGAGAGCCCCCCCAAGAUGUCGACUCGUUAUAAGGUUUUUAACGACAAGCUUGUCAACGAGCCCGAGACCAUUUUGGUAGAACCACCACACCCGUCUCCAAGACACUCCAGAACUUACUUGCCGCCUCAAGAGCGUCUGCCGCGCGCCCCACCGAAACCGGUUCGAAGUAGUACUUACGCUUACACCGCAGAGCCGUCCAAGCGUUACGAACAAGCCCGACCAGAGACCUCUAGGCAAUCGUCCAGCAGACAAUUGUUUGGAGAAGUCGACUACAGUCGUAACAAGGAGAAGGAGUUCAAAUAUGCCCGCGAAAUUGGGCCGGACAAAUAUUCUCGCCAUCACUACGACAGCUACCACCCACCACCUGUCGGAAGACGCCAGUCCACCUACUAG